AUGCGCAGUCUUACUGCUGGUUUCGUCCUCGGGGCUGCUGGCCCGGUCCUCGGCCUGUCACCCCUGGAUACUUUCUACCCACCAACUCUCAACCAAACCUCAUACAUCUCCAACUCCUCCAUUGGAACGUAUGGUGGCAUCUACAAGGCUCCCACCAAUGGCCCGACCGGUGGUGACCCUUAUGGCACUUAUGACUACUGCUCGAUGCCGCACCCGCGCUCGCAGGAGUACAAGUCGCCAGGGCCCAUCGCGAAUGGGUCGGUGAAGGGAGAGCUUGUUUACCUCGAGUACCUUCAGCGUCAUCAGCGUCGCUCUCCUUACAACAUUCUCCCUGGCGGUGAAAACCAAGCUUAUGAGUGCGACAAUGUUCGCCCUUAUCUCUAUGCUGGCGGAAACAGCGACAGUGGGAUUCAGCCCAUGCCCAUGUACGCUCAGACGUACCAGGAUCCCACCAACCCAUUCACUCCGGGUGUGAACGGCACCUGCCAGUAUCCUCAGAUCACCAUUGGCGGUGUUCAGGAUGGAUAUCAGCACGGUAAGGACCUCUGGAACGUGUAUGGCAAGAAGCUGGGCCUUAUUCCCAAGAAGCCCAACGACCGCGUCUGGUUCCGCUCCAGUGAGUCCGCCUUGACUCAGGGCUCGGCCGGUGCCGUUCUGCGUGGAGUUUGGCCCGAUUACGAUGGUGCCUUGCCUUUGCAUCAGAUGGUCUCCUCGGUCGACACCGUCAACGAGGGCUAUUCCUGCAGCGCCAUCAGUUCCACACUGAGCGAGCUGGAGUCCACCACCGAGUGGAAGGAGCACCUGUCUGUGACCAGUGAGCUCCGUUCCAAGCUUGGCUCUAUGCUCGGUGCCACAUCCAGCUCGUGGCAAAGCACCUUCGACCACUUCUCCGACAACUUCCAGGCCCGCCUGUGCAACGGCUACGAGUUGCCCUGCAGCAUCUCCAACUCGUCUGCUUGCGUAACCAUGGAGAUGGCAGAGGAAGUCUUCCGUGCCGGUGACUGGGAGUGGAACUACUACUGGCGCACCAACCCGUACGUCACCAAGUACAUUCAAGUCGUGGAGGGUCUUUUCAUCGGGGAGAUCGUCGCUCGCCUGCAGGCCGUCCUGGAUGGAAAGUCUUCUCUUGACUACAGCCAUAUCUUCGUUCACGAUGGCGAUAUUGGUCCCAUCCUUGGGGCGCUAGGUAUCAAUGCCCUGCGGUGGCCGGCUAUGGCUUCCAACGUUGCUUUCGAAGUUUGGAAAACCAACGGCAAGGGUAGCGCUGGCUACUAUGCCCGCGUUCUUUACAGCGGCCAGCCUGUGCAGACUAUCCACGGCACCUUGGAUUGGAUUCAUCUUUCCGAUCUGAUCGCUAUCCUGAGUGUUUACGUUCCCGAGGAUAUCGAGUCCCUCUGCGGAUAG